UCCCUUAUCUCUGCUGUGUCGGUAGUUCAACACCACCGCCCAGAGAGAGAGAGAGAGAGAGAGAGAGUGCCAGCCAGCGAAGGAAAAUGUCGCAGCCGCAGGAGGAAGAGAAGAAGCCGAACGAUCAGUCUGCUCACAUCAAUCUCAAGGUCAAGGGACAGGAUGGGAAUGAAGUGUUUUUCAGGAUCAAGAGGAGCACCCAACUCAAGAAACUUAUGAAUGCAUACUGCGACAGGCAGUCAGUGGAGAUGAACUCAAUCGCCUUCUUGUUUGAUGGGCGCCGGCUCCGAGCAGAGCAGACCCCAGAAGAGCUUGAGAUGGAGGAUGGUGAUGAGAUCGAUGCAAUGCUUCACCAAACCGGUGGAACCAUGCUUACCUUUUAAUGUGGAGCUGGUGCUCCUUUGCCAUAUAUGCAGUUAUGUUAUAUAUAGUAUGUAGGGAGGAUCAGGCACUUGCAGUAAGAGCCAGAGCAUUCCGAUGCCGGAAGCUGCAUCAUGUUAUCUAUCAUCAUUUCCUUUAGCCUUUGACGCUUAGGAAACUGUUUUAGGAUUCUUGAUUUCAGCGGAAGUGACUUUCAGUUGGCUAUGAAUGGGGUGUUUAGGACUUUGUUUAAGAAAGAUGUGUUGGACGACCACCAAAUAAGUUGCUCUCUUCGAGAAAACCUCAUUAGAUGUUA